AUGACAAAACCAAAAGUAUUUGUUGCAAUUGGCUCUGUUCCAGAAACUGCAAUUAAAUUACUCAGUGAACAGUAAAUUUUAUAGAUAAAACUAAAUGCGGUUUUAUUGAUUAUUUCAUACUCGUAUAUUUCAGAUUUGAAGUUGAAAAAUGUAACUCCGAAAUAGCUUCUUAUGAAGAAAUUUUAGAAAAAAUACCUGGAAAAUUUGGAAUAUUUUGUAGUACACUCAACACAAUUAAUGAAGAAGUCAUAAAAUCUGCAGGUAUUAUAGGAGCAUUCUUAAACAAAUUCUUAAUUAUGUAUGCUAUAGUAUAUUAAUUUAUGUACUCUAUAGGUCCUAGUCUAAAAGUUGUUGCAACAAUGUCAGUGGGAUAUGACCAUAUUGACUUAGCAGCAAUGAAAAAAUACGGUUUACGUUUAGGAUACACACCAGAUGUUUUGACUGAAGCAGUAGCUGAAACAACUGUUGGUUUGUUAAUAUCAACUACAAGAAGAUUUUUUGAAGCUAAUAAUGCAGUUAAAACGUAAAAUAGUAACCAGCAUAGCAUAUUAUUAUUUGUAUAACCAACAAUAAAUAAAUAUAAUAAAUACAUUAUUUUAGUGGUGGAUGGAAAGAAUGGUCUCCCUUAUGGAUGUGUGGUAGAGGUAUUAAAAAUUCUGUAGUUGGCAUUAUCGGUUGUGGUAAUAUAGGAACAUCAAUAGCACAGAAAUUAAAUACAUUUCAGAUAUCUCAAUUGCUGUACACAAGUAGAAGUGAAAAACCGACUGGUAAGUAAUAAUUUUUUUUUUUUUUCAAUUCUGAAAUAUUUGUAUUUAUUAAGAUAAAUAUUUAUUUCAGUAAAAGCUCUUGGCGGAAAAUUGGUGACUGUUGAUGAACUCGUUGUACAAAGUGAUUUUAUAAUUCUCUCCAUUGCUUUGAAUGAAGAUACAAGAUUUAUUAUUAACAAAGAACGCAUUGCUAAAAUGAAGUCCACUGCAGUGUUAAUAAACAUUGGUAGAGGGGGUAAGUUGCAUUUUAACUAUUCACAUACUUAA